UACCACUUUCCCCCAUUGUUGUUGUGUUCUGUCUUGAAGUCCUCAACGCUCGUUUCUAUUCUCUCUCUGCACAACAAUGGCCAAAAGCUCUCUCUUCAAUAAGCGUUUGCUUCUCUCUCUUCUACUUCUCCAUCUCUGUAUCCUCUCCUCAUCUUCUUCAAGCUCCGAUUCAGAAGCUCUCUUGAACUUCAAACUCACCGCUGAUUCCACCGGAAAACUCAACUCAUGGAACACAACAACAACAAACCCAUGCCAAUGGACUGGAGUCACCUGCGACCGCGACCGAGUCACACGACUCAUCCUCGAAGACAUCGGACUCACCGGGUCAAUCUCAUCACUCACCUCGCUCACUUCACUCAGAGUACUCAGUCUCAAACGUAACAACCUCUCAGGGCCAAUCCCAAACCUCUCCAACCUCACAGCUUUAAAGCUUCUCUUUUUAUCACACAACCACUUCUCCGGUGACUUCCCAACUUCAGUCACUUCACUCACUCGUCUCUACCGUCUUGAUCUCUCUUUCAACAACUUCUCCGGCCAGAUUCCACCGGAUUUAACCGAGUUAACCCAUCUCCUCACUCUCCGGUUAGAAUCAAACCGGUUCUCCGGUCAGAUACCAAACAUCAUCCUCUCCGAUUUACAAGACUUCAACGUCUCCGGCAACAACUUCAACGGUCAGAUACCAAACUCAUUGUCCCAAUUCCCUGAAUCUGUCUUUACACAAAACCCAUCUCUCUGUGGAGCUCCAUUACCGAAAUGCACAAAACUCUCAAGCGACCCGACUAAACCGGGUCGACCCGAUGGAGCAAAGGCUUCACCUUUAAACAACCCUGAAACCGUACCUUCAUCUCCAACCUCAAUUCACUCCGGCGGCGACAACAACAAAAGCAACACAUCAAGAAUCAGUACUGUCUCACUCGUAGCUAUCAUCCUCGGAGACUUCAUUAUCUUAAGCUUCGUCUCUCUUCUUCUCUACUACUGUUUCUGGAAACAAUACUCAGUGAACAAGAAGAAGCACUCAAAGGUUCUUGAAGGUGAGAAGAUACUCUACUCAUCAAGUCCUUACCCAACAUCGGCUCAGAACAACAACAAUAACAACCAGAAUCAACAAGACAAGGGUAAAAUGGUAUUUUUCGAAGGAACUAGACGUUUUGAGCUUGAAGAUCUUCUCAGAGCAUCGGCUGAGAUGUUAGGUAAAGGAGGAUUCGGGACGGCGUACAAGGCGGUGCUUGAAGACGGUAAUGAGGUUGCUGUGAAGCGGCUUAAAGACGCCGUGACGGUGGCUGGAAAGAAAGAGUUUGAGCAACAGAUGGAGGUUUUAGGAAGGCUUCGUCAUACUAAUCUUGUGAGCUUAAAAGCUUAUUACUUUGCUAGAGAAGAGAAGCUUCUUGUCUACGAGUACAUGCCUAAUGGUAGUCUCUUCUGGCUUCUCCAUGGAAACCGUGGACCGGGUCGGAGUCCAUUGGAGUGGACUACGCGCCUUAAGAUCGCGGCUGGUUCGGCACGUGGCUUAGCUUUCAUCCACGGUUCGUGUAAAAACAUGAAGCUUACACACGGUGAUAUCAAAUCCACCAAUGUCCUACUCGACAGAUCAGGCAAUGCUCGUGUUUCUGAUUUCGGGCUAUCUAUGUUCGCGCCAUUGCAAACAGUUGCUAAAUCUAACGGCUACCGUGCACCGGAGCUGAUGGAUGGCCGAAAACACACUCAGAAAUCCGAUGUUUACUCAUUUGGAGUGCUUCUUUUAGAGAUUCUCACCGGAAAAUGUCCUAAUAUGGUUGAAACUUGUCACUCGGGCGGUGCGGUGGAUUUACCGAGAUGGGUUCAAUCGGUUGUGAGAGAGGAGUGGACGGCUGAAGUGUUUGAUUUGGAGCUGAUGAGGUAUAAGGAUAUAGAGGAAGAGAUGGUGGGGUUGUUGCAGAUUGCUAUGGCAUGCACCGCUGUUGCUGCUGAUCACCGUCCGAAGAUGGGUCAUGUUGUGAAGUUGAUAGAGGACAUACGUGGUGGUGGCUCUGAGGCCUCGCCGGGAAACGAUGGGAUCAAUUCUGCGGUGGACUCGCCAUGCUUGUCCGAGGACACGUGCGGUGGGACUACUAGUCAGUAGUAAGAUUUGUUUACUACAAAAAAUGUAAAUCACGUGCCUAGAAUCUCAACUUUUGUCAUUCUUCUAGAGUAGUAGGCUUUGGUUUUUGUUCGUUUGGUUUUAGUUUGUAAUACGAUAAUUAUGUGAGUCUCUCUAGUGUUUUUGGAUUAGGGGUAAAUUAAAUUUUGAAUGCUAUUCUGAUA